ACGAAACGACCAACCCGGAAAAAAAGACAACUGUUCUGUAAUCCGAUCACACAAACAAACAGACGACAGUGUGGGAACCUGGUGCACGCCGGCUUUGUUCAUAUAGGUGCUGUUUGUAAAACUUAUUUAAACUUUGUGUAACAUGCUCGUUAUUUACCCAACUCGGGUCUGUCCUCUGAGCUCCGGAGCCGUGCGGGGCGCUGGCUGUGGCGCACACUGACUCUCCACAGUGGUGACAUGUGAUAGCAGCAGCAUGCCGUACUUUGACCGGCUGAACCGUGUAUGUGGCUUCCUGGACAUCGAGGAGAAGGAGAACAGCUGCCGCUUCCAGAGGCGAUACUUCAUCCUCGACACGCAGGAAAAUGCUCUGCUGUGGUAUAUGGACAACCCUCAGAACCUGCCCAGUGGAGCUAGCUUUGUUGGCAGCCUGAAACUAACCUACAUCUCUAAGGUGAGUGAAGCUGCAGCAAAGCAAAAGCCCAAGACAGAGUUCUGCUUUGUCAUCAACGCAGUUUCCCGGAGGUAUUUCCUCCAAGCCAACGAUGUGACUGACAUGAGGGACUGGGUGGAAGCUCUCAACAAGGCCAGCAAGAUCACUGUUCCUAAGCCUGGCCCUGCUCCUCCGAGGUCCGUGGUGGCCGCAGUGAUCAGCGACACUCAGGGAGGGAAGAGACAGCAGGCCUACAAGGCCGAGAUCAUCGGUGGCGUGGUGGUGCACACUCCCAUCCAGAACGAGAGCGAAGAGACAGAAGGGAGAGAGAGGAAGGGCAACAGGCCAGGCGUGCUGAGGUGCGGUUACUGUGUCAAACAAGGAAAUGUGAGGAAGAGCUGGAAGAGGAGGUUUUUCACCCUGGAUGACAAUGCGGUCAGUUACUACAAGUCUGAGACGGAUAAGGAGCCUCUCCGAGCUAUUCAACUGAGAGACAUUCAGAAGGUCCAUGAAUGUCUCGUCAAGUCAGGGGAUCUUCUGCUGAGAGACAACCUGUUUGAGAUCAUCACCGGCUCCCGAACCUUCUACAUUCAGACAGAUUCUCCAGAGGAGAUGCAUGGCUGGAUCAGGGACAUUGAGAUGAAGAUCCAGGACUUCAGAGGUCCCCCUAAGGGUUUUUCAUUUAAACGUGCAUCCUCUCUCUAUCGAAGUCACAACGCCUCCUCGGUGUCUCGGGGUCAACAGAACGAUGAGCGCAGACCUACACUGGUCAAGUCCUGCUCUGUGGCACCGGGCUGGCAGCCCUGGACGCCUGUCCCUCCGGGUGAGCCCUCCAUCCUGGAUACAGAGGAUGAUGACAGCGCCUUCAGCUCUGUGACCACCUUACCUUCUCUCUCCUCAUCCUCCACUUCCUCCUCCACCUCCUCCUCCUCCAACUCCCUCUCUGCCCCAAACCCUUGCCCCAGCGCGCCUCCAGCAGCUUCAACCAGUGGACUGGGGAUCCUCACAGCAUCAGGAGAUGUGGCCAGCGGGCGUCGGAGGCACCGCUCGCAGCCUCAGCCUCACAGCGGCUGCAGCUUUCCCUUCAGCCUGGACGACGACGGCAUCCGCACCACAGAUGUAUAGGUUCACCAGAGUCUGUUUAGACUCCUGUGUGGACUUGUGUGUUGGUACCUGCUUUAAAAUGAAUGUGACUGGUAAUAAUAGUAUUCCCUGCUAAUGAAGUGACACUGUGACCAUCUGCCUCAACGCCAUGACGUGAGAUUGGGGCCUCCUGCUGGAAAUAUAGCUGUAUUACAGAUGAAGGAUGCACCCAGCUGGAAGGGGACCAACAGGCGCAGUGUUUGUUGUUCACAGGACUGUGAAGAAGUACGAUGGAGUAUUUUUAGUGCAACUUCCUCUGAAAACUUGAAUGAUCUUGUAGUUAAUUGUUCUUGCAAACUUACAAGUUAUGGCACAUGCUUUCAAUCUGUUGCACUUGGCUCCCCUCGGAGAUACGACAUCAAGAACGUGUUUUCACCCCUGCUGGAAGUAUUCAACAAGUGUUUAAAGGCAUUUAAACACAUGAGUAUCAAUAAGUUUUAUAUUCAAGCUUAUGUUCUUAAAGUACUUCAAAAUAAUUAGUCUAUUUAGUUUCUUUUGAGCCCAGCAGUGUUUUUCCCUCUUUCCUCCCGAGACACACAUUAUGUUACCUUCAUUAAUAAUUAACAAGCAUUUUAUUACUAACAUCUAAUCAGGUGUCUGGGGGAAAGUGUAAGUGUACGUCUCAUAAAAAUGGUACAUGCACUCACAUGCUAACUGACUGGGGGCUCUUCUGAUGUCAGCAGCAGCUUUUAUGUGUUUGCACUAUGUUUUAAAACAGGAGUUUUUAAUACUCGGCCUAAAGAUAAAUCAUCAGUAAACAUAUGCGGAUUAUGAAACAGUGGGCCUCUGGGCACAGACAUGUAGACUGCCCCACCACCUCUCCUACACAGGAGCAAGAAACUCAGAGUCGUUCAGCCUCUUUUUGUUGUCGCUUUGCAUCUCUUUGCAGUUGCUUUGUGUCUCUUUGUUGUCAUUUUGAGUCUCUCUUGUCAUUUUCUCUUUGUGCUUAUUCCCCUUUUCGUAGUCUGUAUAAGUCUCUAUGUUUCUCUUUGCAGCUGUUUGUAUCUUUGUAGUAAUUUUGUGUCUCUUCUCAUUUUGUCUGUUUAUUCCCCUUUUCUUUGUCUAUGAGUCAGUUUGUCUCUGCAGCUGUAUUGCAUCUCUUUGUAGUUGUUUUGUGUCUCUUAGAGGUCGUUUUGAGUCUCUUUGUAGUUUGUCUGCACUCUUUGUAGUCAUUUUGUGUUCCUUAGCAGUCAUUUUGAGUCUCUUUUUGUCACUUUCUCUGUGUUUAUUCCCCUUGUUUUAGUCUUUAUGAGUCAGUUUGUGUCUCUGCAGCUGUUUCGCAUCUCUCUGUAGUUGUUUUGUGUAUCUUAGUGGUCAUUUAAUUUUUAGUCUCUCCCAGGUUGGUACGUGUCUCUUCAAGUGAAAGCAAGGGUGCCCCCUGACACUUUGGGCCCCUGGGUCUGUGCCCAUUAGGCCCGUUCAGAAGUAAUCCAUUCGUGUUAGUAAACUGUGACUCCCCUCUUAGCAUUUUAACAGGGUACCGUAAUAAUACAGCAGUGUUUUAGAUGGUACUUGUCGUAGAAUGUACUGCCAACAUCAAAGUACAGCUCAUCAGCUGGUUGACAGCUCUGUAAAUGUGAUUUUCUUAUUAUUCCAGCAUUAUGUGGGAAAAUGUGCCACUACUUCUGGUAAUUUAAUUGUAAUUCUGCACUUUGCUUUUCUCAUAUUUACUUAUGUUUUUUUUUUUAGCUUUUACAGCUGAUAUUACAGCUUCCUCUGAGAUGAUGCCUCAGAUACGUUAUGUUGUUACACCAAUAGUCUCAGCCCUCCUCAGGUUCACCUCAAGACUUCAUUGAUGUGGUACCAUGUUCACGCCUGUUUCCGUUUUCUGAAGCUGUGUGCACUCAUCUGCCUGCGUGUCAUGUUAAUUUUCUUUCUUGUACAUUAAAUGAUGCUUUUUAUUUGU